UCCAACAAUACUGCAGUUGAGGUGCCUAGCCUGCUUCUAUAAACCGUAAAGUGGCUCAUCCAUCCACUCACGGCCACAUCGUAUCGCCCCUCAGUCUCCUGCCUGCUCCACUUGUGUUGGUGCCACCCAGAUCCGAUUUCCCAUCCAAACAUAUAGAGAAUCCUCAACUUCCAUUAGCAGCAGAAUGCAUGUAGCUCCUGGGCACGGCAGGUAACCAUUUUUUUUUGGAGUAGCAGCUCCUGUAGAUACACAAUGGAGUCCUCUCGCGGUGGUGCACCUUGUUCUGUUGACACAAGCGGCAGCGGCCUCAUCGACGGCGGCAGCGGCGGCGCGCGUCUGUUCCCGUGCCUGUUCUGCAGCAAGACGUUCCUCAAGUCGCAGGCGCUGGGCGGGCACCAGAACGCGCACAAGAAGGAGCGCGUCGCCGGCAGCCGCAGCUGGAAUGCCAGCGGCACCUCCUACGCCGCUGCGGUGGAGCUGGACGCGCUCGCCGCUGCCGGCAGCGCGCUUCCGGCCACGUCGUUGAUGUUCGUUGCAGGCGCCCCGCACUGCGGCGGGCCGGUCGCAAGUGGGGCCAGGGCUGGGGAGGCGUCUUACAGGGCCGCCGCCGCGGCGGCGCUGAGCUUGGAGCUGGAGAGGUGGACCGGUGGCCACAAGCCGCCAGCGGUCCUCCACGGCGGCGCCGGCCCGAUCAAUGAGACGCUCAACUGGACAAGGGGAACGCAGGCGUCUGCCGCGGCCCCCAAGGCGUCGCCGGACUCCACCGCCGCCGGCGUGGAGCCCGACCUCGAGCUGAGGCUGUAACGGGCGCGCGGCGUUCUGGAUCAUCCAUGACAGUGGCGGAGGUACUACUUGAUUACUUCUAAACAAAUCCUGAGAGGGAGAGGAGCUCCAAGAGUACAGUUAGCUUGCAGAUGCAGUGUGUGUGCUUAUCUGGUCAUCACUUGCUUGAAGCUGAUGUCAUUGUUGCCAGCUCCACAGAUAGCUGCUGCUGACUUGUCCAAGCAAGCAAGAAGGCAAAGAGCUCUGCUGAUUUUUCCUUGAA